AUGGGUUCCGUCACGGGACGGUGUCACGUUCCUAGAAACGUGUCUAUCCAAAUUGUUGUAUCUCAAUAUCCUACGGGAGGAAACGGAAGAGCCGAAAGUAUUGAAUCCGCUGAGAUGGGACGAAAUUGUCAGAGGAAGUUGAUGGACAAGUUACAUGGGAAUGGAGGAGUUGUGAGUCCGACCAAGGAGGGUCGGGACAAAUUAAGUUGA